UUCUUUCUGCACUGAUGGUAAAAAUCAAGUAGCUGUGUGCUGUCAUUUUUAAAACAUUAGAGCUUGACAAUCAUUGUUAAUUACCAGAAGAUUUAUUGUUACGUUUUUCGCUAAUUACUCCUCAAAAUGAGUGAUUGGGUGCACUGUAAUAGAUGUUCCGAGAAAUUUAACGCCCAGACGACGUUUUUCCUGGCUGAGUGUGGCCACAUAUUUUGCCAAAAAUGCGUGGAGAAGAUAAAAUUAUCGAAAAAAUGCUCGCUUUGUGAUAAAAGUGGUAAGGUGUUGCCCUUGAACAAGGACGUGGACCAACAUAUCUUGGAUUUUUUUCUCCCCUUGGACGCUAUGUUGAAAAAGUGUCACGAAGUUUAUAAAUUCCAACUCCAACACCGCAACACCCUGUACCAAAAUCUUCUGGGUAAAUAUAAUUACACCAAGAAAGAGUACAUUACUUGUUACAAUGCUAGCAAGCAGCUGAUUAAGGAAAAUCAAACGCUGCGAUCAAUGCUUCGUUCCGCGGGUAAAAGUCCUCAAGGCUUUUCGACAAGUACCCCAGUUUCGCUGAAUUCCGAUAAUGUGACUUUUCAAAACACUUCGAUGAUGUCCUCUAUUGCUACUAAGACCCCAAACAUGUUUAAGGAUUAUUCAAUGAAGAUGUUUCCUGGGUACCCCAAAAUGCAACCCUUCAGUUCACGGUCUUCCCAGAGCCCAUCUCCAGCUCAGCGAGUGCCCAUGGGGUACUCCGGACUGCAGGAGCGGGCCAUGAUACACCGAGGUUCGCUUGAUACCAUGCGUUCGCUCGAGGAACUGCGGCGCAAAUCUCAGCUCGCACCUAACAACAGAAACUGAACUUAAUAAUUUGAUUUAAAUAUUGCAAAAAUGCAUACGUUUCAAGGUGAAGGGUGUUUUGCGUUAAUCAUUUAAUUUUAUACUGACGUUGCAAAGUAAUAAACUGUAUGUUCAUUGAAUUGGAAAUGCGUGUUUAUUGUGCUGAUGCAUUUCCGAUGUUUGGACGUUCAAAAAAUAGAAAAAUGUGUUCGUUUCAGGGACGUAUGCAUUUUUGUUUUGUUUGCUUACAACUAUCAAUAAUUAUGUAUAGGAAAUCAUAUGUUUCGUAAAUAAACUUUUUGGUAUA